GCAACUGCCGGUCACGUUCCUAGGUGGGAAACCUCUAUUAGCCAACCUGUUCCCCAAAAUCUUAACCCAAAGCUCUCCAUUCACACUCCCAAAAAACCAAACAGUCUCUCUCUGUCUCUCUCUCUCUCUCUCUCUCUGUGUGUAAUAAAAUUAAACUAGUUCGAAUGAAGAAUAUGUGCUGCUGAUCAAGUCGAUGGACAAGAGAGAGGAGCUGAAGACCGAGAAUUCAAUGGCAAAUUCGACAUUUUCCGAUGAGAUUCCGAGCAGUUUUCCUUUGUCGAGCAUCUUUGACAUGCCAUGUAUGGAGAGUGAUCAUCAUCAAAAGGGGUUGUCUUUAGGCUACAUGGACAUGCUGGGCAUCCAAGACUUUGAUAGCCCAUCUUUAUUCGAUUUGUUUCCAGCGCCGAUGAUGCCUCAGCCUCCGGAACCUCAGCAAACGCUUGUUCCCUCGCCGGCCUCGACGCUCCCCGAGUCUUCCGAGGUGGUGAACACUCCGGCGACACCCAACUCGUCGUCGAUUUCUUCUUAUUCCAAUGAAGCAGCGAAUGAGGAACAAACUAAGGCUGGUGGAGAAGAGGAGGACCAGGACCAAGAAAAGACUAAGAAACAGUUGAAACCCAAAAAGAAGAAUCAAAAAAGGCAAAGAGAGCCGAGAUUUGCAUUCAUGACAAAGAGCGAGGUUGAUCAUCUGGAUGAUGGGUAUAGAUGGAGAAAGUACGGCCAGAAAGCUGUGAAGAACAGCCCUUAUCCCAGGAGCUACUACCGUUGCACCACUGCUGGAUGUGGCGUAAAGAAGCGAGUGGAGCGUUCCUGCGACGACCCUUCGACUGUGGUGACGACCUAUGAAGGACAGCACUCUCAUCCGUGCCCGGUGACGCCACGUGGAAACAUAGGAAUUUCGGCAGAAUCCGCUGGCUUCGGUGUCUUGGGUUCGCCGUUUGUUGUUCCACAGCCGCAGUAUCAACAGCCUAAUUAUAUGUAUAGCUCACAGCCGCCUUUGAAUGUUGGCGCAACUAAUUUGAAUCCCUCGUUUCAUAGUUUUGUUCGAGAGAGACGUUUUGGCACAUCUCCCGAAGCUUUGCUUAGAGACCAUGGACUUCUUCAGGACAUCGUGCCGUCGCAGAUGCGAAAGGAUCAGCCGAAAGAGGAGUAGAUUAAUGGUUAAUUUUUAUCUUUUAAUGGUAUGUAAUUCCCUCUCUUACUCACUCAUCUGGGUUUUGUCUUUAGAGACGAACCCACUUAAUUCACCAUUUCAUAUAGACCUUUUGGAUUACCACUGUAAAAUGACUAGCUAGCCUUUAGUCUUUGGAGGGACUCGUUUCUUUUUUUCUUUUUUGUGUUAUUCUUUGUACUAAUAAAUUAUUCAAAUAUGGAUCGAGAUAUUAAUGGGGUUUGUA